AUGGCUCAGCCAACAGGCAAGGCCUACAGGCAGGCGUGGGCCCACAGCAGAACAGGAACAGCCUGUGUUCAAGAUAUGAUGACACAGACUGAGGAAAAGUUAAUUACCCAAGACAAUUGGACCAGUGUUACAGAAUUCAUCCUUAUUGGCUUUUCCAAUCACCCUGAGCUUCAGGUACCUCUUUUCAUCCUCUUCCUUAUCAUCUAUGGAAUAACUUUGUCAGGAAAUGUCCUCAUUGUUCUUGUCACAACCUUGGACCUUUCACUUCAAAGCCCCAUGUAUUUCUUUCUCCGGAACCUUUCUUUCUUGGAGAUCUGCUUCAAUUUGGUCAUUGUCCCAAAGAUGCUGGUCAAUUUCUUGAUAGAGAACAAGACCAUUUCCUAUGCUGGCUGUGCCACACAAAUGUAUUUCUUCUUCUUCUUUGGUGCAGCUGAGUGCUGUCUUCUUGCUGCCAUGGCAUAUGACCGUUACGUUGCCAUCUGCAAUCCCUUACGUUAUCCAGACAUUAUGAACAGAAGGACCUGCUUCCAGUUAGCUGCUGCAUCAUGGUUCUCAGGCUUCCCUGUCUCUACUGUACAGACCACAUGGAUAUUCAGUUUGCCAUUUUGUGGACCUAAUAAAGUCAAUCAUUUCUUCUGCGACAGUCCCCCUGUGUUAGAGUUGGCUUGUGCUGAUACUUACAUGUUUGAAAUUGAAGCUCUCACGGCCACUGUGCUCUUCAUCAUGUUUCCCUUCCUCUUGAUUCUCCUCACAUAUGUUCGCAUCAUCACCACUAUCCUGAGCAUGCCUUCAGCAGAGGGACGACAUAAAGCCUUCUCUACAUGUUCAUCUCAUCUCGUAGUGGUUACUUUGUUUUACGGUACAGCUACAUCUACCUAUUUCCGGCCCAAAUCCAGUUACUCACCAGAUACAAAGAAGAUCCUCUCCCUCUCCUACACAGUCAUCACACCCAUGUUAAAUCCAAUCAUCUAUAGCCUGAGAAACAAAGAGGUAAAAGGUGCAUUGAAAAGGACAUUGUGCAGGAGAAUAUUUGCCCAGAACACAAUAUUAUUUGUUGGUCAUUAA